AUAAUUGCUGUCUGAUUCCUAUCUUGUGCUUUUUUUUUUAUACCAUACUGCAAGAUGCUAUCCUGACUUGACUGUACGCUUUGUCACACGUCGAGAAUUAUGCAUCUAUUGGAUAUCCCGAGCUCGAUGUGGAUUUAUUUCUUGGUCACGCUGCUGAACUGUUAUUCGGACGCCGUAUCUGGUCAGCUCGCUUACACCGUCGCAGAGGAGUCAAACAUUGGGACUGUUUUGGGAAACAUAGCCAAAGAUCUGAACAUUAAUGCCCAAGAGUUGGAAACGCGGAUGUUUCAGAUUGUUGCUGGAUCUAAGAAAAAAUAUGUCGAGGUAAAUGUGAAGACUGGGGUUCUCUAUGUAAAUGAAAGAAUCGACCGAGAGCAGCUCUGUGGCGACGAGUCGAAAUGUUCACUUGGUGUAGAAGCAGUCAUAAAUAACCCUUUGAAACUGUACCGUAUUGAAGUAGUUGUGUUAGAUGUCAAUGAUAACUCGCCAUCGUUUCCCAGCAUGUCGCAGACCAUUAAUAUUACUGAAAGCACAGCAGCAGGAGCUAAAUUCCUCCUGAAACGGGCUCACGAUGCUGAUGUUGGAAAGAACUCUGUUAAUACAUACAAGCUAAGUCAAAAUGAGUAUUUUUCUCUGAAUACACAUAAGGGACAGAAUAUGAUAGUCGAACUAGUCCUACAGAAAGUGCUAGAUAGGGAAAAGCAGUCUGUAAUACGACUAACGCUGACUGCCAUUGAUGGGGGAACACCAGCCAAAUCAGGAAGUAUGACUAUUACAGUAAAUGUGUUGGAUGUUAAUGAUAAUCACCCAGUUUUUAGUCAAAAACUUUAUAAAGCCAGCGUGUAUGAGAACGUUAAAAUCGGAACACCGAUAAUUACUCUGAAUGCUACGGACUUGGAUGCAGGGCAAAAUGGCCAAAUAUUGUAUUCAUUGAUCGAAAUAGACCAAGGAAAACAUACGAGCUUAUUUACUAUAAACGAACAAAAUGGCACAAUAACGAACAAAAACAACAUAGACUUUGAGGAGAACAAUGCUUUUGAGAUUCAAGUGCAAGCCAGUGACAGUGCAAACUCUCCUCUCACUUCAAACGCAAAAUUACUGAUUGAAAUUCUAGACGUGAACGACAACGCGCCUGAAAUUACAGUGACGUCGCUUUUAAAUGCAGUGAAAGAGGACGCGUCCACCGGCACCGCGAUUGCUCUUAUUUCUGUACAUGAUAAAGACAGCGGGAGGAAUGCAGUGGUGAACUGUGAAAUUUCCAAUGAUGUUCCUUUCAAAUUAGAAACAAAUUAUAAGAAUUACUAUUCCUUAAUUGUUGAUGGAGCGCUUGACAGAGAAACAGCGGCUCAAUAUAAUAUUUGCGUCAGUGUCAGAGAUGAGGGGAGUCCAUCUCUCUCCAGCACCAGUGUCAUUGUUGUGCACGUCUCUGAUGUAAAUGAUAACAAACCCAGUUUCUCAGAAGACGCUAUAAAUGUCUUCAUAAAAGAAAACAGUCAAAUAGGAGCAGUUAUUAAAACAGUGUCAGCAGUUGAUGCAGACUCUGAUCAAAACGGCCAAAUAAGCUACUCACUUUUAAUUGACAAUAGUAACCCACUGCCACUCAGAUCGAUGAUCAACAUAAAUUCAGAAACAGGCGAUAUAAUCAAUCUACAGUCUUUUAACUAUGAGGAGUUGAAAACGUUUCAGUUUAAAGUUCAGGCUACAGACUCUGGUGUUCCUCCGCUCAGCAGCAAGAUGACAGUUAAUAUUUUAAUCCUGGAUGAAAAUGAUAAUAAUCCAACUAUUUUAGCUCCUUAUUCCGAGCACGGCUCUGUUAACAGUGAAACCAUUCCUUAUUCUGCUGAAGCGGGAUACUUUGUAGCAAAGAUCAGGGCUGUGGACGCAGAUUCUGGAUACAACGCGCUGCUUUCUUAUCACUUGUCGGAGCCCAAAGGAAACAACCUGUUCAGGAUCGGAACCAGCACCGGAGAAAUCAGGACUAAGAGGAGAAUGAGCGACAAUGACCUGAAAAGUCACCCACUGGUGGUGUUAGUUUCUGAUAAUGGAGAACCUUCUCUGUCAGCCACUGUUUCUAUUGAUGUGAUGGUGGUUGAAAGCACAGCUGAUGUCCACACGCAGUUCAGACAUGUUCCUAUAAAGGAGGCCAACUUCUCUGAUUUGAACUUGUAUCUACUGAGCGCCAUCGUGUCAGUGGCUGUGAUCUUUCUGCUGAGUCUCAUCAGUUUAAUAGCUGUCAGAUGCCACAGGACAGACAGUGAUUUCAGCAGGUACAGCGCCCCCAUGAUCACCACCCAUCCUGACGGGAGCUGGUCUUACUCUAAAGCUACUCAGCAGUAUGACGUGUGUUUCAGCUCAGACACACUGAAGAGUGACGUAGUGGUUUUCCCCGCACCGUUUCCACCUGUAGAUGCUGAACUAAUCAGUAUUAAUGGGAGCGAUACUUUUACCAGAACUCAGACGUUACCUAAUAAAGAAAAGGUAAGAAUAUAA